AUGGGUGUCCCAGCGCUUUUCCGAUGGCUUUCUAACAAGUAUCCGAAGAUUAUCUCUUCGGUCAUCGAGGAGCGACCCCAGGAAGUGAAUGGCGAAGAAAUUCCGGUCGAUACUACGCGCGCGAAUCCUAAUGGCGAGGAGAUGGAUAACCUGUACCUCGAUAUGAAUGGUAUUGUGCAUCCGUGUACGCAUCCCGAGGGCAAGCCGCCGCCAGCCGACGAGCAUGAGAUGAUGUUGGAAAUCUUCAAAUACACCGAUCGAGUAGUUAACAUGGUCCGCCCAAGAAAACUUCUUAUGAUCGCUAUUGAUGGUGUUGCCCCAAGAGCCAAGAUGAACCAGCAGCGCUCACGUCGAUUCCGCUCCGCCCAGGAAGCCCAGGAGAAUGAUCAGAAGAAAGACGAGUUGCAGAAGUUGAUCGCAAAACAAAAUGCCGCCAAAGGUAUUGACAAUGUCCUUCGAGAGGAAGUCGUUCAUAAAACAUGGGAUAGCAACGUUAUCACACCCGGAACGCCCUUCAUGGAUAUCCUCGCAGCAUCCUUGCGCUUCUGGAUUGCAUAUAAACUCAACACUGACCCUGCUUGGGCAAAGUUAAAAAUUAUCAUUUCCGAUGCCACAGUUCCUGGAGAGGGAGAACACAAGAUUAUGGAAUUCGUUCGGUCACAACGUGCAUCGCCUGAGCACGACCCUAACACUCGCCAUGUUAUCUACGGAUUGGACGCUGAUCUGAUUAUGCUGGGUCUUGGUACGCACGAGCCUCAUUUCCGAGUUCUACGUGAAGAUGUCUUCUUCCAGGAGUCUAAACCUCGGGCCUGUAAAUUAUGUGGACAACCCGGUCACAAGGCCGAAGAGUGCACAGGCCGUGCCAAGGAGAAGAAUGGCGAGUUUGAUGAGAAGCAAAACGCAACUCCUCUCAAGCCAUUCAUUUGGCUCCAUGUCUCCGUUCUCAGAGAAUAUUUGGCUGCUGAACUGGUUGUCCCCCAGCAACCGUUCCCUUUUGAUCUUGAGCGAGCGCUGGAUGACUGGGUCUUCAUGUGUUUCUUUGUUGGAAACGAUUUCUUGCCUCACUUACCUGCUCUAGAUGUGCGCGAAAACGGUAUUGACACUCUCAUUGCCAUUUGGCGCGACAACCUCCCCGCUAUGGGAGGAUACUUGACACAAGAUGGACGUGUCGAUUUCAAGCGGGCCCAGCUUAUUUUAGCGGGAGUGGCUAAACAAGAGGAUGGAAUUUUCAAACGUCGUAGACAGGCAGAUGAGAGGAAACAGGCCAACGACAGGCGACGAAAGGAGCAAGAGGCCUCCCGCAACAAGGAGCGCGAACGCUUCCAAAAGCGACCGCGUGGAUCACACGGCGCCGAUGAGGGUGCGCCGCAUGGCUUGGAGUUGAUCACCCCUAGCCGAGGCCACUUGUCCAAGGAUGAUAGAGAACUAACUCAUAGCAUGGUUACCAACCGUCAGGCUGUUUAUCUCGCCAACAUGGAAAAUAAGAGUGCCGCUGCUGUGUUGAAGAGCAAACUCAUGAAGGGUUCACAAGACGAACCAGCCACCGAACAGAGUGAAGAGAGCCCGACCGAUGCUGCUGAACCCACCAGUCCAUCGUCUGUUCUUGGAAAGAGAAAGGCCGACGAGGUACCGGUAGAGGCCCUAGAGGAAGCGGGAGCUACAGCCACCGCCGAAUCGGCCAAGCCUAAGAAUGAUGAGCUCCCGCCCGACACUGUUUGUCUUUGGGAGCCCGGAUAUGCUGAUCGUUACUACGAACAGAAAUUCCAUGUUGAUCCCAAAGACCAUGAAUUCCGCCGCAAGGUUGCGCGUGCUUAUGCUGAAGGUCUUGCCUGGGUCCUGCUCUACUACUUCCAGGGCUGCCCUUCAUGGACUUGGUAUUACCCAUAUCAUUAUGCCCCAUUUGCGGCGGACUUUGAUAUCGCCGACAUGGAAGUCGACUUCCAGAAGGGUCAGCCGUUCAAGCCAUUUGAGCAGCUGAUGGGAGUUCUUCCGGCCGCAUCCAACCAUGCGCUGCCCGAAGUUUUCCAUCCUCUUAUGAGCGAUCCGGACAGUGAGAUUAUUGAUUUCUACCCCGAGGAUUUUCCUCUGGAUUUGAACGGCAAAAAGUUCGCGUGGCAGGGUGUAGUUCUGCUGCCAUUCAUCGACGAGAAUCGUCUUUUGGCUGCCAUGGAGAAAAAGUACCCGUUGUUAACUGAAGAUGAACAGGCCCGUAACACUCACGGUCAAGAAGUACUGAUCCUUUCUGAUCAGCACCCUCUUUACCAAGAUAUUGCGUCCAACUUCUAUUCUAAGAAGCCUGGUCCGGAUCAAUACAAAUUGAAGAUGAGUGUGAGUGAAGGCCUAGCUGGCAUAGUUGAGCGUAACGAAGCCUACAUCCCUCAUUCCUCUUUAGUGUCCCCAUUCGAGGCGGAGGGCAUGCCAAGUGUUGAUGAUGACCACAGUCUAAUCGUCAACUACACAAUUCCCAAGUCUGCUCAUGUGCACAAGUCUAUGCUUCUUCGUGGAGUGGAGUUCGCGACACCUAUGCUGCAUGCAGGUGAGAUUCGUUCCGUCCAGGAACGAGCACGCACAUCGGGCCGAUCUUACGGCGGAGCACCAUUCCAAGGUCAAGGCCGAGGACGCGGCGGAGGACGGGGUCGUGGUGGACGCGGCGGACAGGGCGCACAUAUUGAUUAUGGCCCAAACCCGUUUGCUGCGCAUCUUGACCAGCGUUUCAAUGCUCCUGGAGGUGCCCCCGGAUGGACUCCUCCCAACAAUUACCAUAACACGCCACCCCCACCUGGACUGUACCAACAUGGUAGCCGACACACUGGUCACCAAGGUGGUCAAUAUGGUGGUCAAUAUGGUGGUCAAUAUGGUGAUCAAUAUGGUAGUCAAGGCCAAUACGGUGGCCAACAAGGUCAAUACAAUGGUCAACAAGGUGGCCAAUACGGUGGUCAAUACGGCGGUCAAUCUGGAUAUGGAAACCAGGACUCUCGGGGCCAGGGUUCUUACCGUGGAGGUGGUAGUAGAGGUGGUAGUAGAGGCGGCCGCGGUCACCGCGGAGGUGGUGGUUACGACCGCUACUAG